AUGACGGUCGUGCUGCCUGGCGACGCCGUGCCUCUGGCUUCCACCUCGGCGCUCAAGCUCGGUCCCGGCCUGCUUCCCACACCGCCGUCCACAUCCACAUCCACAUCAACAGCCGCCACACCAUCGCCAUCGCUCACCGCCAUUCGCACAGGUGCGCUCGGACACAUCGGCGCUUCUCAAGCCUCCUCCUCUUCCUCAAGCUCGGUCGCCUCAUCCAAGCCAAAGCACGCCGAAUCCGCCGCCGUAUGGGUAGAGUCCAACACGCAACGCGUACGUCCAACUCGCCGCCUCAUCUCGUCCCUAUUUGUCGAGCCUCCAACGCUGACUGACACUGACAUCUUGCUGCUUUGUUCUGCUCUGUCUACGCAUGCUCGACAGUAUGUCCCUGCACCGGGCGAUUCGGUGGUGGCGCAGAUCACCAACCGCGGCGCAGAUUCCUACACGGUCUCGCUCUUUGGCGCACACGCCGCCACGCUGCCCGCACUCGCCUUCGAAGGCGCAACCAAGCGCCACAAGCCCAACCUCAACAUCGGCGCGCUCGUCUAUGCGCGCAUCGUCUCCGCCGACCGCUUCACCGAGCCCGAGCUCACCUGCCUCAAUCCGCUCACCGCCAAGAGCGACGGCUUUGGCCAUCUCAAGACCACCGACCAUCGUGGCGAAAAAGUCGCCCACGCCAUGCUCUUCCACACCUCACUCGGCCUCGCACGCAGCCUCCUCAGGCCCGACCAUCCGCUCCUCGGCCUCGUCGCCGCCCACUUUCCCUUUGAGGCUGCCAUCGGCCAGAACGGCGCCGUAUGGGUGCGCGCCAACGAGCCCAGCCACCUCGUCGCCGUCGGCCGCCUCCUCCACGCCGCAGACUUGCAUCCUACCGCACACUCGUCGCUGCCCCAACAUCCAUCGCCGGCGCAAGACGACCAAGCUACUUUGCAUGCCCAGCACAUUCUCGACCACAGAGCCCAAAGCUGGGACGCAAAGCGCGUCCGCGCGCUCAUCCAUGACCUUUUGUAG